CGAAGGUGUCACGCGCUGGGAAGGAGCUUGGUGUGAGGAGCUUAAAGGGGACUUAACUCUCGAGCUCAGAGUUGAUUGGGAUGCUUCCGGAUUUGGGACAGUUAGAGGUAGAGAACAUAGGCCGUCAAUAUAGGUUCUACCUUAUUUCGAAGAUCUCUUGUUCUACGAGUUUUCAUUGAGUAACUGAAGAUGUCAGGCUUUGGUGAGAAAGAAGAGGAGGAUAUUUCAUCUCUCAUAUACAGCCUCAAUGAUUAUCUGGAGGUAGAUCGACGGAUGUCGGAGGUGAAGAUGUAUGCACAUCAGCAUCCAGUGAUGACCCUGUUCUGGGUGGUCACUCUGGCCAUGUGCUGUGUACCGGUUAUCUGCUUCUGUACAUUUGUCUGUGCCAGUGUCUUCUUGGCCAUAGCAGGAUUUGUCCUCAUCGAGGGAACCGUGGUCACCAUAGCCACAGUGCUGCUAGGCGGUGCAUUGUUGUGGUGCUGCCUGCUUGCACUGGGAUUCAGCUCGAGCCUGGUGGUAGGCUUCUAUGCCAUUCAGUACAGCCUGGACAUGGUCAAGGGACUGACCAGCAAGAUGCAGAAGCCCAAGACAGGUGCAGCAGUGAAGCAGCACAACACACACUCUGAGACUCCACAGGGACGGGUGGGGCCAUUUGUCUCCCAGAAGAGAUGAGCCGAAUCAAUUGUCUGAAAAUAGAAACUUGUACCAAACAUUGAAUGAAAAACAAUUAAGAAAUGAACAGCCGAAUGCGUACAUAAAUAUACAUGAAUAGGUUGUGACAUUGAAUAUAUUUCAUGGAAUAUAUGUUGCUAUGUUUCAUUAUGUACCAUGAUUGAACCUUUGCUGCGUCAGUGGUGACUAAGAUAAUGAGUUUGUGCUUAUCUGAUCUAAUGUAGGUCUAGUGAUCUGCCACAGGUUGCUGUGUAGAGUUGUGUCCCAUAGCUAUGCCAUGAUCUGCCGGUCCAGAGUUUGAAUCUCAUUUGCUGAGAUUAGGAUUAUUGUUGUUUGUUGUUGUUUAACUCCGCACUCAGCAGUAUUCCUACGAUAUGACAGCAGUCUGUAAAUAAUCUUGACCAGGCUAUCCAGUGAUUGACGUCAUGAGCAAUUGGGAUACGAUGACAUGCAUCAAACCCAGUCAGCGAGCCUGACCAACCAAUCCCGUUUGUCACCUCUUAAGACAAGCAUAGCCAUCUCUUUUGUUAAGCGUGGGUUGCUGAAGACCUAUUCUAACCCGGAUCUUCAAGGGACUCGAGAUUAUGAUUGUUGAAUAUUAUGAUCAUUGGUCUGUCAACACCAUGCUUUGUGCUUGUGAGUUUCAGUGGUAAACAUCCAUGAUUUGCAUUACUUCUCUUUCCUCCCACAUUUGGCUAGCAUGCUGGCAACUGAUAUGCUAUUCACAGCACCCUGACUCCAGUACAUGAAGACAACAUAUUAGGAUGUAUGUCCCUAAACUAACUGUCUACUGAUUCAGUCCAAGAUCUUGUAAUGGGAACAUUAUCAUCUUCCUGUCUGUGUGGAGCUGUGGCUUGUUGUUGAGUACAUGCCACUAGUGCAUUCUGGGAUUCUCUAGGAAAGCUGUAGGUGAAAGAUACUUUGAAGGCUGACUGACAGCAGUGUAGCACGUGUAAUUGGGAGUAAUUGACUGUGAACACCGGUCACUUACUGUUGUCCUGGACAGAUCAUUACGUCUUUCAGUGAACACUUUUUUCAGCUUUCAUGGGUAAAUAUUCUUGAUUUGACAGUUGGGAUGAGGCUUUCUUUGACUUUUGUAUUCUUAGAUUUACUGUUUUCAUCAUAAUGCAUAAUCUAGUCAUUGAUUCACUUUGUGUAUCUGUGUUUAAGAUAGCCUGUAUAAGAUUUGCAGUAUUAGCCUGUCAAUGUACAUUAUGUAUAUGUUAAGCAUGUUGCCGUGUUUGGUAUUAAUGUGUUGGGCCAAUUAUGUGCCAUUCCGGUAGUUGUGUACAGGAGUAGAAGCCAUCAGUGUCUAACCCCAGGGUAGCAUGCUCCAUUGCUGACCUGGUUUGUCUUAUACAUCUACUCUUUCCUAAACAUAGCAUGUACAUGUUGUUUGUCCUCAUAUCUAUGAACAAACUGAUAACCUGUGGCCCUUUGGUAUUCCCCUCCUGUAAUUCACUAAGUGGAGCUGGUUCAUGAUUUUGGCCUGAAUCACACUGGACUUACCUCUCUUCAUGUAUUUGCCUGCCACAGACCCACAACAUUCAUCCUUGAUUAUCCUGUGUAUCCCCAUUCUGUUAUGAUAAACACCCUGGACCUGUUCACAUCUAUAGCUUUGUAUUGGAAGUGACAUCACCAUCUCAUAGAUAGCUUAGCAGAGGAAUUGUCAUGAGACUAAUUACACUGGGUGGCUAUUUUUAGUGUUGCUCAUUUAGAUCAGACUCAACACGAGUGAGGGCGUGAGUAUGGUUGUGGGUCACUUUUAGCAAUAUACCAGCAAUAUCACGUUAGGGACACCAGAAAUGAGCUUCACACAUGGUAACCACUGGGCUACCCCACCACCCUGGCUCUGAACGAAGCUACAGUUGUUGGCUCAGAACGAAGCUACAGUUGUUGGCUCAGAACGAAGCUACAGUUGUUGGCUCAGAACGAAGCUACAGUUGUUGGCUCAGAACGAAGCUACAGUUGUUGGCUCAGAACGAAGCUACAGUUGUUGGCUCAGAACGAAGCUACAGUUGUUGGCUCAGAACGAAGCUGCAGUUGUUGGCUCAGAACGAAGCUGCAGUUGUUGGCUCAGAACGAAGCUACAGUUGUUGGCUCAGAAUGAAGCUGCAGUUGUUGGCUCAGAACGAAGCUACAGUUGUUGGCUCAGAACGAAGCUGCAGUUGUUGGCUCAGAACGAAGCUACAGUUGUUGGCUCAGAAUGAAGCUACAGUUGUGAAUGGGUUCCAGGUAUUUACUACGAUCAAUAGACAAGAUACACUUGAAAGUCGAGAAUGAAAAACAUUGUGUUCAUGUCACUGCUCAAAAUUAUUUUUGCUGAUGUUGAUUUUUUUUCUUCAUAUCCUUACUCAGGUGAGUGCUCUUAAGAUAUAAAUGUUCAUGUGAAUCAGCCUUCAUAUCCCAGACAUUAAGACAUGUGUCACCACUCUCUGUCUAUUUCACCAUGGUAGAAAUAGAUGUGUGAUUGAGAUUUGUAUAGCAUCAGCAUGCCAUCACCAAGAUCACAGCCCUAUUUUAGCCUUCACCCCAUUAUAGACUAUGAUCACAAGUAUGACUUCAGCAGGGCGUUAAUGGUCAUCUUAGUCAAACUAAGUGUGGACGUAAGUGAACCUCAGGUUUAUUUGCCACCAUGGAACCUUACAUUUUUAGAAGGAAUUUUGCAGACAAUAUUUAGUAUUUUCCUAUUACGGUAAGCAACCACGGUACAAAUAGUUUUCAUAUCUGAUAUGUUUGUUUAUCUGGAGCAACAAGAUUAACUGACAAUUGUAGGAGUAAUUGUUUGCUGGCAAUGUGUACCUGCCUCCCUGCGACCAGCUAGCUUGUACAAGGCAGUUGUGUAUAUAUUUAGAUACACAAUGUAACACUGAGUCAAGUUACCGGGUGCUGUAGUUUAACUAAAGCUGCUUGUGUAUCAGAGACAGAUGUAUGUUCAUAACACAUCCUUGAACCUGAACACUCAGAGAAAUAGAAGUUAAUGAAUAUUCUGCUGCAUGGUGAUCAGCUCCUUGAUGGUAGCUGAGUGUCUCGGAGUUCUCUGAUCUUCCCACUCAUGUAGACAGCGCCAACAGAGACUUCAACUUCCUGGCCUUAGGGAUAGUAUGUAAAGUUGUCACCAUCACAACCAUUUGACAGGAAGAAGUGAAUAUUUUAGCAAUCAAAUGAGCUGUGUUAAGGUGGUUGAAAGCUCUAUUGAUUUUAGUUUGUUAUGUGUUAUCUUGUGGGUAGGAAACUUGUCAAAUAGGAAUCCAGUUUCUUUCAUGCAGCCCUUUAAUAAUGGUUAGAGAUUUUACAAAUGUGUCAAAGCUUAUCAACUAUCAGUUGUUUUGUUGUAUAACCAUUGUCCUUGGAGCAACUAUGGUUAUGUAUCCACUGUUUAUACUUUAUUAUCUUUUGUAUGGAUAUAUUUUGUUAUGAUCUCAUGUGACAAUAAAGAAUCAUAUAAUU